AUGCUUGCGGGUCGAAUCGUCCACACCAGCAGCCCGGCCUGCAGCGGGCGCGCCGCUGCGCGGCGGCCUGCCGCUCCUGCGCCGGCGCCGCGCCGCGGCGUGCGCGCCCGCGGCAAGCUGAACGACGCGGCCUUGGUGCCGGUCAUGGAACGCGGCGAGAUGAGCCAGUACCCCGACGCGCCCGGCGUGUACGCUGUAUACAAUGCCAAUGACGAGCUGCAGUACAUUGGCCUCAGCCGCAAGGUCAACGCCAGCGUGGCGGCGCACAUGCAGUCGCUGCCUGACCUGACCGCCGCCGUGCGCUUCGAGGUGGUUGAGGGCGGCAGCAAGGAGGCGCUCACCGCCACCUGGAAGGCCUGGAUGGAGGAAGCCAGGGAGAUUUGUGGCGUUCACGUGCGUGGGAUGGCUUUGCGGCCAUGA